CUGCUGGGGUGCAGGAGCCGCAUUACAGCCCUCGGAAUACGGAAGAGGACUGAGGGGAGUCCUGGCACCGGGGUCACCUCUGAGGGGGGGCAGGGAGCGACUCCCCAGCCUGCGUGUGCCUGGGCGGGGAGGGGGCUGUGCCUGCCUCGGCUGCGGGAGGUUCCCCUGCCCCCGUGCCAGGCAGCCAGGCUUCAGGACGGGGAAGGGGCACCCUGCCAGGUCCCUGUGGGAGCUGGUCAGGGAAGAGAGAUGUGUGCCUGCGUUGUGAUUGAAGAGAACACAGAAUCGUGUUAGUGGUUUUAUUUGUGAGGCUGCGAGGGAUCGCCUGGGGCGUUUAGGUCGCUGCAGCCGUGGCAAGCCCAGAGACAAGUCCUGACCCCGUGUCAGGGGGCACCGCCUCAGUUUCCCGGCACUGCCGUCCCCCGACCGCCUUUCCCCCCACGCCGUGUGGCAACAGCGGUGCUGUACCAAUCCCUUGCGUGCUGCCCGAGGAAAAAUAAAACAGUGCGGGAGCCUCUGCACUGCCAAGGAAUGAAAAAUACUGGAAGUGGUUGUAGCUCACUGUGCUCCUUGACACGGGGGCGACGCAAGGAAACUUCCAAAAUUCCUCACAGAUGCCAAUUUUACCCCACAUAUAUGAACAUAAUGUGUCAGGUGAGGUCUGAGCCGGAGAGAUGUGUCACUUGCGAUGUCAGUGUGCGCUGACAUGGAUGGAUUUGCUGGACUUGAUGAUCUUAAAAGGUCCCUUCCAGCCUUGAUGAUUCUGUGAUUCACUGCUGUGACGAUUAGCUGUGGUAAGUGUAGUGGCUCAAAGGAAGGCAAGGAAGCUGGGAGCCAGUUGGUGUAACCAAAGGUAGAGGAAUUCACUCAGUGUUCCUGCAAGCUUGCUACAGGAUUCUUUUGCACAUGGGUGUAACUGCAGUAAAUACUGUGAUAGAAAUGGAUUCCAUUCCUUUCAAAUGACACUUGUGAGAGCUGAAAACUGCACUGCAUUACAAGUAUCUGGAAUGAGAGCUGUGUGUCAUUUAUGAAAGAUUAAGACAUGAACAUAAUCAUAAGGUGCAAGCUAUAAAAGACAGCAUUUUUUCUAUCUCAUAAAGUCCUUUAUGUAUACAUUUCUGAAUUCAUGGGAUGCCCUUCUUACUAUUUCAUCAGAUGUCCAGACAAGCCUCUUCUCCCUUGGCAUCUGAACACCUUAUGCAAUAAGCAUGUCAUAAGCUUUGGAAGUUUCAGCCACAAGCAUAUCUGUUUAUCAACCCCAGUGAUUGCAGUGGAAAAAUGAUAAAUCUAGCUUCUUAACACCAAAUUGAGCUACAUGGAGUUCCAGGCAGGAACCAGACUACAGACACCAGACUGCACUUUGAGAACUGAAGGUUUUUAAUUAAAAAUGAUGAAGCAGGACCAGACUCUUCCAGAAAAGUGCUGGAAUUCAGUAAUUAUUCUGAAACCAAAAGUAAUGCUGCUUUUGAUUCAGGUGACAGUCAUCAGCCAACUACAAGAUUGUCACCAUGAGUUUUGUUGAAUAUGGAGAUACGAUAAAGGAUGGUGACACAGCUAUUGUGUUCCUGGGCCAUGAAUCCAUGUUUCCUGUGAAAGUCCAGCACGGCACUGUAACACAGACUAAGUAUGGGGUCAUCAGGCAUUCCACAGACCUCAUAGGCAAGAAGUACGGCUCCAAAGUGACCUGCAGUAAAGGAGGAUGGGUGUUCAUUCUUCAUCCAACUCCAGAACUGUGGACCAUGAAUCUCCCACACAGGACGCAGAUCCUUUAUUCCACUGACAUCUCCUUAAUCACCAUGAUGUUGGAACUGAAGCCAGGCUCCAUAGUAUGUGAAUCAGGUACAGGCAGCGGGUCUCUCUCCCACGCUCUCAUCCGGACAGUGGCUCCCACCGGGCACCUGUACACAGUGGAAUUCCACCAACAGAGGGCUGAGAAGGCGCAGGAGGAGUUUCGGGAGCAUGGGGUAGAGCACCUGGUCACAGUGACCAACCAGGAUGUCUGCAAAAAUGGCUUUGGGGUCUCAAACAUUGCAGAUGCUGUGUUCCUAGAUAUUCCAUCUCCAUGGGAAGCCAUAGGACAUGCAAAGUCAGCAUUAAAAGCUGAAGGUGGCCGCAUCUGCUCUUUCUCCCCCUGCAUUGAACAAGUUCAAAGAACCUGCCUAGCGAUGGAAGAAUAUGGUUUUACAGAGAUUAACACCUUGGAAAUUCUGCUCCGAGUCUACAAUGUAAGGACAAUUAGUUUGCAAAUCCCUGACCUUGGAAAAGCAGCUGAGGAUAAUUCUAGCACUGGCUUUGACAGCAGCAAGCCAUCACACCAAGGUAGCCCGUGUGCUAAUCUGCAGCAAGGGACUGUGCAGUUCAAGAGUGGCGUGCCACUGAGGGAGGUGGUUGGGCACACUGGGUACCUGACCUUUGCCACCAAGAGCCUGAUGUAAUACAUGCCCAGUUUGUGCAGUCUGUAGUGGAGUUUGUGUGCAUUCUGUUUUCAUGGCUCUUUUUUGUAUGGCAUCCAAAGUUUUACUUGUCAGGGAAUUCCAUAUAUAGUCAGAUUUGGUUGGAAUAUGCUUUGUUUAAAUAGCACACAAGCAUUAAGCAGAGCAGCAUCAAGGGAAUGUUGAAACUCCGGAAUGGUGCUCCACUUGCUGUCAAAAAGAAGAUAAAUUAAUAGCAAAUGGCCAUUCACUGGAAUGUGCAGAAUUAAGAUCUCAUAAGAAAGCAAAACAAACAACAGACAAAUUACAAAGAAGUUGAAGUUUUUCUUUCUUUUUCUUCUGAAUUGCUUUCCCAGGUUUGUGUUUUUAUUUUUUCCUAGCACUACUUGACACUAUUUUUUGAACUUCUCUAGUGUCUGUGUUGCUCUGAAGAAUGUGAAAGUGCCCACUUCCUCCAUUUUAGAUAAGAAAGUUCCAAGAUUAUAGGGUUGCCAGCACAACUGUUCACAGAAUCAGUGUUUCCUUGAAAUAGUGUUCCAGAGGAUUAUUGGCAGCACUCAGGAACGCAACCUCUUACUCCAUUCCAGGCUGGCAUCUGUAAAUCAUUUUAACUACACAGAGGUCAAAGAAGUGUGGCAAUUGUUGGAUUUAAUUUAGAUUGGUAUAUUGUGAUCAUCAGUUUGUAGUAGAAAUUUGAACCUGGAUCCAUACAGUCAUGUUCUAAUGGAACAACCACUUGCAUAGUUGAUGAAUUCACUGUGAAAAUUAACUGAACAGCUGGCUAAUAUUAUCUGAGCACCUCUUUGUAAGUGGUGUGGAUGAGGUUCCAGUUGUUUCGUGGUUUAUUUCCAUUAUGGUGUAUUGUUUUCCUGCAGCUGAAUGACAGAAAGAUUGCUUUUGGCAGGAUUUCUGUUUCCAAAUUACAUCAAUAAUGCAAACUUAGUAAAAUCCUCAACCAGCCUUAUUAAUUAAGUUUUCAGAUCAUUUACUCUUUGGUCUUCCAUAUAGAGUUGGUGGGUGUGAUGAACUAUUUGAAUGCUAGAUUACAUUUUGUAUUUAUAGAUUAAAAUAAUCAUGAAAGUUUAUUAAAUUCCUUCUUUUUUUAUUUCAUUUUUAAUAGUAAGUUCACAAAUAUUCCUAUUCCAGCCACUGGUGCUGCCACUCAAAGCAUUUAGCUGUGCCUUGCAUUCGGUACCUGAGCAUAUCGAUUGCUGUGCAAGAGAAACAGCCAUUCAUAAACUGCUGCCUGAACAUUUAACCUAAUAUCCCUCCCCCAUUCUUGACAAAAAUAAACAAAGCUAAGCUUUUAACGUGUUUCAGCAGAACGCUAAUCCAUAAUGGUUUAAAGAGAGCUCAGCCGAUCACGACUGCAAAGAUAAACUGUUGAGCAGAUUAAAGGCAGAAAGCAAUUCUGUUCAGCUAAAUCAGUUAUGUAAGUUGGCCUACAACUGCAGCAUUUCCCCAGAAAUUAUGGAAAGGUUCCCUUUCUGCUGCUGUUCAUGUUCUCCAGGCUGUGCAGUAAGGUGAUGACUGUAUGGGGGGUUUGGUGGCUGUGUUAGAAUGUGCGUGCGUGUGUUUGUGUGUGCAUGUUUGCGUGUGCUGGGAUCACCAUCAAGCACAGCACAGCUACUGACAGACUCCAGAAGAAAGGAUGGGGAAUUACAACCACAAGGUUCUUCUUAACUUCCUUCAAGGUGAUCCUCAUUCACUAACUAGGGGGAUCUCCAAGCUUCUCCAGGAAUAAUUCCAUCUCCCAACUUGAUUGUUUUUUCCAGAUAGACCUUAUUUUAAAGUAAUGUAACAUUUAAACAGGACUAAAAAGGAACAAAGUCACAUUUCUGUGCUACAAAUAGAUGUGGAAUGGAAAUACCAAUGUGUCUUCCUGGAGUCUGAAACAAGGCUGAUGCCUUUUUGCCUACAAAGCCCAAUUCAAAACCCCUUGAAAUAAACCAUUGACUUUG